CUUCCUUUCUCUCUCGUCGAUUUCACUGAGCGCUCCAGGUUGGGAGCAGUUCAGUCCGUUUCCCCACUACCCCGCCCCCCCUUCCUCUUUUCUCCCUACCCCUCGCGUCUCAGCCCGGUGGAGGAUGAAGCGGCUGCAGUGGCCCCAGCCCCAGCAGCGGCACCGGCGGUGGCUGCGGUGGGGGUGGCCGGAACUGGGGUGGUGAAGAAGCGGUGGCGGCGGCGGCCGUGGCGGUGGCUGAAGGAGCAGCAGCCGCCCCAGCCGCUUCCCCUGUGCUUCCCUUCCUCUUGAGUGCAGUCAGGAAGUUUUUCGCUUCUGUGCAUGUGUGUGUGCGUGAGUGUGGGUGUGUAAGGUGAAGAUUUGGGCGGCGUUUGUGCAGGCGUUGGGUUUUUUGCCCACUUCUCUUCCCGUAACCCGGGUAGCUCCCGAGCCUGGGCUGUGGCCCGAAGAGGGGGCGCGGCGGCGGGCUCUCUCCUUUUGUUGUUGUUUCCUCCGCCUGGGGAGCUGAAGAGGGGACGCGCCUGGGUGGGGCGGCUCGGAGCCCGGGCCUGGUGGCCCCCGGGGCUCCCGGGCGGGCAGGGUAGGGCAGAGUAGAGCGGGCUUCAACAUGAUGGCGGCCGAGGCCGGCAGUGAGGAGGGCGGCCCGGUCACCGCCGGGGCAGCAGGAGGCGGCGGGGCCGCGGGCUCCAGUGCCUAUCCGGCAGUGUGUCGGGUGAAGAUACCCGCCGCCCUGCCUGUGGCAGCCGCCCCCUUUCCUGGGCUGGCGGAGGCUGGAGUGGCCGGGACUCUGGGUGGCGGAGCCGCGUUGGGGUCAGGGUUCCUGGGACCCGGGUCUGUGGCGGGGGCACUGGGGGGAGCCGGACUGUCAGGGGGAGGUGCUGCUGCUGGCGUGGCUGGUGCUGCCGCCGCCGGACCUGGUGGGGAGAUGGCUCUCACCAAGGGGACCACUUCGUUGCCUGCUGAGACCUUCGGGGCAGGCGGCGGAUUCCCUCCUUUGCCGCCUCCUCCUCAGCUGCCCCCUUUGGGCGCGGGCCUGGGAACAGUGGACGAAGGUGACUCUCUGGAUGGACCAGAAUACGAGGAGGAAGAGGUGGCCAUCCCGCUUACCGCUCCGCCAACUAACCAGUGGUAUCAUGGAAAACUUGAUAGAACUAUAGCAGAAGAACGCCUCAGGCAGGCAGGGAAGUCCGGCAGUUACCUUAUAAGAGAGAGUGAUCGGAGGCCAGGGUCCUUUGUACUUUCAUUUCUUAGCCAGACAAAUGUUGUCAACCAUUUUAGGAUUAUUGCUAUGUGUGGGGAUUACUACAUUGGUGGAAGACGUUUUUCUUCUCUGUCAGACCUAAUAGGUUAUUACAGUCAUGUUUCCUGUUUGCUUAAAGGAGAAAAAUUGCUUUAUCCAGUUGCACCGCCAGAGCCAGUAGAAGAUAGAAGGCGUGUUCGAGCCAUUCUCCCUUACACAAAAGUACCAGACACUGAUGAAAUAAGUUUCUUAAAAGGAGAUAUGUUCAUUGUUCAUAACGAGUUAGAAGAUGGAUGGAUGUGGGUUACAAAUCUAAGAACAGAUGAACAAGGUCUUAUUGUUGAAGACCUAGUAGAAGAGGUGGGCCGGGAAGAAGAUCCACAUGAAGGCAAAAUAUGGUUCCAUGGGAAAAUUUCCAAACAAGAAGCUUAUAAUUUACUAAUGACAGUUGGUCAAGUCUGCAGUUUUCUUGUGAGGCCAUCAGAUAAUACUCCUGGUGACUAUUCACUUUAUUUUCGGACCAAUGAAAAUAUUCAGCGAUUUAAAAUAUGUCCAACACCAAACAAUCAGUUUAUGAUGGGAGGCCGAUAUUAUAACAGCAUUGGGGACAUCAUAGAUCACUAUCGAAAAGAACAAAUUGUUGAAGGGUAUUAUCUUAAGGAACCUGUACCAAUGCAGGAUCAAGAACAAGUACUCAAUGAUACAGUGGAUGGCAAGGAAAUUUAUAAUACAAUUCGUCGUAAAACAAAGGAUGCCUUUUAUAAAAACAUUGUUAAAAAAGGUUAUCUUCUAAAAAAAGGCAAAGGAAAAAGGUGGAAAAACUUAUAUUUUAUCUUAGAGGGCAGUGAUGCCCAACUUAUUUAUUUUGAAAGUGAAAAACGAGCUACAAAACCAAAAGGAUUAAUAGAUCUCAGCGUAUGUUCUGUCUAUGUUGUUCAUGAUAGUCUCUUUGGCAGGCCAAACUGUUUUCAGAUAGUGGUUCAGCACUUUAGUGAAGAACAUUACAUCUUCUACUUCGCAGGAGAAACUCCAGAACAAGCAGAGGACUGGAUGAAAGGUCUGCAGGCAUUUUGCAAUUUACGGAAAAGUAGUCCAGGGACAUCUAAUAAACGCCUGCGUCAGGUCAGCAGUCUUGUUUUACAUAUUGAAGAAGCCCAUAAACUCCCAGUAAAACAUUUUACUAAUCCAUAUUGUAACAUCUACCUGAAUAGUGUCCAGGUAGCAAAAACUCAUGCAAGGGAAGGGCAAAACCCUGUAUGGUCAGAAGAGUUUGUCUUUGAUGAUCUUCCUCCUGACAUCAACAGAUUUGAAAUAACUCUUAGUAAUAAAACGAAGAAAAGCAAAGAUCCUGAUAUCUUAUUCAUGCGCUGCCAGUUAAGCCGGUUGCAGAAAGGGCAUGCCACAGAUGAAUGGUUUUUGCUCAGCUCCCAUAUACCAUUGAAAGGUAUUGAGCCAGGAUCCCUGCGCGUCCGAGCACGAUAUUCUAUGGAGAAAAUCAUGCCAGAAGAAGAGUACAGCGAAUUUAAAGAGCUUAUACUGCAAAAGGAGCUUCAUGUAGUCUAUGCUUUAUCACAUGUAUGUGGACAGGACCGAACACUACUGGCUAGCAUCCUACUGAGGAUUUUUCUUCAUGAAAGGCUUGAAUCGUUGUUGUUAUGUACACUAAAUGACAGAGAAAUAAGCAUGGAAGAUGAAGCCACUACCCUAUUUCGAGCUACAACACUUGCAAGUACCUUGAUGGAGCAGUAUAUGAAAGCCACUGCUACACAAUUUGUUCAUCACGCUUUGAAAGACUGUAUCUUAAAGAUAAUGGAAAGCAAGCAGUCUUGCGAGUUGAGUCCAUCAAAGUUAGAAAAAAAUGAAGAUGUGAACACUAAUUUAGCACACCUAUUGAACAUACUUUCAGAGCUUGUGGAGAAAAUAUUCAUGGCUUCAGAAAUACUUCCACCGACACUGAGGUAUAUUUAUGGGUGUUUACAGAAAUCUGUUCAGCACAAGUGGCCUACAAAUACCACCAUGAGAACAAGAGUUGUUAGUGGUUUUGUUUUUCUUCGACUUAUCUGUCCUGCCAUCCUGAACCCACGGAUGUUUAAUAUCAUCUCAGAUUCCCCAUCUCCUAUUGCUGCAAGAACACUGAUAUUAGUGGCUAAGUCUGUGCAGAACUUAGCAAAUCUUGUGGAAUUUGGAGCUAAGGAGCCUUACAUGGAAGGUGUCAAUCCAUUCAUCAAAAGUAACAAACAUCGUAUGAUCAUGUUUUUAGAUGAACUUGGGAAUGUACCUGAACUUCCGGACACUACAGAGCAUUCUAGAACUGACCUUUCCCGUGAUUUAGCAGCAUUGCAUGAGAUUUGUGUGGCCCAUUCAGAUGAACUGCGAACGCUCAGUAAUGAGCGUGGUGCACAGCAGCACGUACUGAAAAAGCUUCUGGCUAUAACAGAACUGCUUCAGCAAAAACAAAACCAGUAUACAAAAACUAAUGAUGUCAGGUAGCAACCUUCCACCCUUCGCCGCAGUGUUCUGCAUGGAUUCAGCAUGCCCAACAUGGUAAUUCACAUCAGUAUAAUGUCUCCUUUGCUCUUGCCAAAAAAUAGCACACCUUUCCACAUUCCAGUAAUGUGUGAACUAUGCAAACAAAACUCGAGAUUCUGCUGGUAACUGCGCCAGCAGCUUUGUAAGCUAUCUGUGCAGGAUAUUUGCACUUUUUCCACAUAUGGAAUCUUUACCAACCUCUGAGCCUUGGUGUACAGAUCACCUUUCACACAAUGCUAUGACCGUAUCUUGAACUUGGAAAAUAUAUUUUCAAUACAUUCAAUUGCCAAAGUUUUUGCUGUCUCUUGGAAAAAGAACCAUGAAAAAAAGCAUUCUCUGUUGACAAUUGAGUAUAACUGGAUUGCGGACUGCUCUUACUGUUACUUCUUCCUGAAUUAGGAAUAUGACCGUUUGACUGUUCAAUGACUUUAUUUGUAUUUACAGUUUCCAGAGUUUACCAUUACAAUAGGAACAAUCUUUGCUGUAUACUUUUUUAAAAUAACUGCUAUUUCUCUUUGCUGGAACUGUUGAAAGAAAAUAUAUAGAAUGGAUCUAUUGCUCAUCAGCUUUAUUUUUUAAACAUACCACUUAUUUUGUUCGAAUUGUCAAAGACUGUAUUUAGAUCUCAUAAUGCUUUUUUGUUAAAUGUUUACAACAGUAAAUAGUUUGAAUUCAAUAAAUAUUAUUGGUCACUGUGUACUGAUCAACGCAUGUUACCCAUUCAACCGUUUUAUAGAUUACCGAUUUAUAUGUUUAAAAAUCCUAGAAUGCUUUCAUUGAAAGUAUUCGUUAAUUCCAAGUUGAUUUUUUAAAUUAUGCAAACAAUUUCAUCAUCAGCCACUGAACAGCUAUCCAUCUUUGCCCUUCUGACUACUUGUUGUAUCUGCUGGAUAUUUAGUUUGACUGUAUAGUUUUAUUUGCUUCUGUAUGUGUAUUUUUGUGAAGUAUUCACAAGGGUUAAGUUAAAAUAAAACCAAGGGAUAU